CAGUGAAUUUUGGCGCUCAUAUUUACCCCACGUCUCGCAACCAAAGCACAGUUUGGAAAUGGCAAUCUGGUAAUUCUGCCACCAAAUGAAGAUCAUAAAGAAAAACUAAUUAUUGGGCUGGGUCUUUAUAUAUAUAAUUUUGAUCAACACUAUUAUUUUAAUAAAUUAAAAAAAAAAUAAAAAAUAAAAAUAAAAAUAAAAAACAAUUCCCGUUGAAUAUUGAAUUGAGUGUGAAGAGGAAAUAGUGGGGUGCACAUUGCGUAAGGCAACAAACCGAAAUUCGAGUCCUUUUGGAACUCAACUCCCUCCUCUGGUUGAAGACGGUGUCGUACUGGGUUGUCGUUUAUAUUACGAUAAUCGCUUCCUCGUCUCGUCCCUCAGACUCAGAACAAACGGAGAAGAUAACCCCCCCAGUUUCUCUCACUGCAAAAACUCCCACCUGGAUUCUGCUGCACCUGCAAGCUACAUGAUGGGCUCCACAAAUGGCUUAGCCGGUGCACAGGGGACGCAACCUCUAUUUUCGUUUGGGGUGAUAUCUGACGUCCAGUAUGCUGAUAUUCCUGAUGGCCGUUCUUUCCUUGGCGUUCCACGAUAUUAUAGGCAUAGCAUUGUUGUACUGCAAAGGGCUGUCAAAAGAUGGAAUGAUCAGAAGAGGCAUAAUUUUGUGAUCAAUUUUGGGGAUAUUGUUGAUGGAUUUUGCCCAAAAGACCAAUCCCUGGAUGCUGUAAGAAGAGUUGUUGACAAAUUUGAGGAUUUUAAUGGUCCUGUCUAUCAUAUGAUUGGUAAUCACUGCCUCUAUAAUCUUCCCCGCACCAAAUUACUUCCGUUGUUGAAGAUUCCAAGUGUUGAUGGUCGUGCAUACUAUGACUUUUCACCAACACCAGAAUUCAGAUUCGUUGUUUUGGAUGGCUAUGAUAUCAGUGCCAUUGGUUGGCCUCAAGAACAUCCAAAUACAAUAGAGGCUUUGAAAUUCCUUGAGGAGAGGAAUCCAAAUACAGACAAGAACAGUCCAGCUGGCCUUGUAGGCCUCGAGAGAAGGUUCCUUAUGUUCAAUGGAGCAGUUGGAAAGGAACAAUUGGAAUGGUUAGACGACAUCCUCAAGGAAGCAACAAAGUUGAAACACAAAGUAGUGAUUUGUUGCCAUCUGCCUUUAGAUCCUGGGUCAUCAGCCAAAGAAGCACUUUUGUGGAACUAUGACGAAGUCAUGAGUGUGGUACACCAGUAUAAUUGCGUGAAAGUUUGCCUUGCUGGGCACGAUCACAAAGGCGGCCACUCUGUUGAUUCCCAUGGAAUCCACCAUAGAGUUCUUGAAGCUGCCCUUGAGUGCCCUCCUGGGACAGAUGCAUAUGGAUAUAUUGACGUUUAUGAUGAUAAGCUUGAACUUACUGGUACUGACCGAAUGAAGAGCACUGACAUGCUAUACAAUCCUCAAGCAGACUUACAAGAUAACUGGCAUUAAGAAGUUCGUUAACAAAUUCUUUUGAAUUUGGUGUAUGUUAUUUGGAGAUGUGUGAUUAUGCAUAAGUCUUGAAAGGGCUUGGCUCGAAAUAGUUCCCUGCAUAUAUAUUGGGGAGACCAGAAACUUCUCAUGUUUUGUACUCCCAUGAGAACGAUAUAUACAAAAUCAUAUUUGACUGUCAUGACCAGUUUGUUGCUUUGCA